AUGCCCGAAAUGCCGGAGAACAUGGAACAGGAGGAAGUUAAUGUCCCCAGUAGGCGUGUUCUGAUUACUGGUGCCACGGGGCUUCUUGGCAGAGCUGUGUACAAAGAAUUUCAUCAGAAUAAUUGGCAUGCCGUUGGCUGUGGUUUUCGGAGAGCAAGACCAAAAUUUGAACAUGUUAAUCUAUUGGAUGCGAAUGCGGUUCAUCACAUCGUUUAUGAUUUUCAGCCCCAUGUCAUAGUACACUGUGCAGCAGAGAGAAGGCCAGAUGUUGUAGAAAAUCAGCCAGAUGCUGCUGCUCAGCUUAAUGUGGAUGCUUCUGGGAAUUUAGCAAAGGAAGCAGCUGCAAUUGGAGCAUUUCUAAUCUAUAUUAGCUCAGAUUAUGUUUUUGAUGGAACAAAUCCUCCUUACAGAGAGGAAGAUAUACCAAGUCCCUUAAAUCUGUAUGGCAAAACAAAAUUAGAAGGAGAAAAGGCUGUUCUGGAGAACAAUUUAGGAGCUGCUGUUUUGAGAAUUCCUAUUCUGUAUGGAGAAGUUGAAAAGCUGGAGGAGAGUUCUGUGACAGUUAUGUUUGAUAAAGUACAGUUCAGCAACAAGUCAGCGAACAUGGACCACUGGCAGCAGAGAUUCCCCACGCACGUCAAAGACGUAGCCUCCGUGUGUCGUCAGCUAGCGGAGAAGAGAAUGCUGGAUCCAUCAAUUAAGGGAACUUUUCACUGGUCUGGAAAUGAACAGAUGACAAAGUAUGAAAUGGCAUGUGCAAUUGCAGACGCCUUCAACCUCCCCAGCAGUCACUUACGACCAAUAACUGACAGUCCUGUCUUAGGAGCCCAACGUCCAAAAAAUUCUCAGCUUGACUGCUCCAAAUUGGAGACGUUGGGUAUUGGCCAGCGAACACCGUUUCGAAUUGGAAUCAAAGAGUCACUCUGGCCCUUCCUCAUUGAUAAGAGAUGGAGACAAACAGUCUUUCACUAG